ACAUCGGCUGGUCGAGUCUAUGGACCGUCUUGAAGACAGGAUGUGUAACAAACACGACCGACUUCUGGAGCUAUUCUGCCAGACUGAACAGGUGUGUGUGUGUCAGUUCUGCACAGUGACAGACCACAGGUCCCAUCCUAUUGUGACUCUAAAGGAAGAAUAUGACAUGAAGACGGCCCAGCUGGGGAAGAUAGAGGCUGAAGUUCCACAGAUGAUCCAGGAGAGACAAAAAAAUAUCCAGGAGAUUAAAGAAACAGUUAAACGCAGCAAAGCAGACGCAGACAGAGAGAUAGCCGAUGGUGCGCAGGUCCUCACUGCUCUGAUGCGCUGCAUUGAAAAGUGCCAGGAGGAUCUCAACCAAAUGGUUAAAGAGAGACUGAAAGACACAGAGAAACAAGCUGAAGACCUCAUCAAAGAGCUGGAGCAGGAGAUAGAAGAUCUGACCAAUAGAAGCUCAGAGGUGAGGCAGCUCUCAAACACUAAAGACCACCUCCACUUCCUCCAGGCCUUCAGAUCCCUGAAGGAUCCUCCACCCACAAGGGACUGUACGAAGGUGGAGAUCCGUCCCCCGUUUUACGUAGGGACCUUGAGGAGAUCCCUGGAUCAGCUGAAUGAGAAACUGAACAUGGAGAUUAAGAAUUUGCGUAAUGUUGCUGAACUGAAGAGGGUCCAGCAGUAUGAAGUAGAUGUGACUCUGGAUCCUGAUACAGCUCAUCCCCGUCUCAUCCUGUCUGAGGAUGGGAAACAAGUACAUGCGGGAGAUGUAGUGAAUUAUCUCCCAGACAACCGUAAGAGAUUUAAACAGUAUAUGCAUGUUCUCACGAGGCAGAGCUUCUCCUCAGGGAGAUUUUACUUCGAGGUCCAGGCUAAAGACAGGACUGUAUGGUCUUUAGGAGUGGCCAGAGAGUCCAUCAACAGAGUAGGUGGAAUCAUAGAGACCCCUGGGAAUGGUUUAUGGAUUCUUGACUCCAACACCAAUGGGUUGGUAUUUAAAGAUAACCCUGCUGUCUGUCUCCCUCUGAAAGCUAAGCUCCAGAAAGUUGGGGUGUUUGUUGAUUAUGAUGAGGGUCUGGUCUCCUUCUAUGAUGUGGAAGCCAGGGUUCAUAUCUACUCUGCUACUGGCUGCACUUUCAGUGAGCCUCUCUAUCCGUUCCUCUCUCUAAGUCAUUAUGGAGGUAUAAACUCUCCCCCCCUGAUCAUCUCACCUGCCAUUGAAACAGACUAGGGCCUUUGUUUGAUAAUCCAACAAACAAACGACCAUAAACAAAGAAUGUUGUUUUCUGAAUGAUAAUCUCUACUAUUUGUGAUCUGAGAGGUCUGCAUUGAGGUGCCACUGCUGUCAUCUAACAAGGAGAAAUUCAUAAAGAAAUAUCCCUUACUAUUAUAAAAUAUAGCCCAUUGUAAAUUAUUAGAUUCCACUAUAUUUUAUAAAUGUGUGUUUCCCCUGUUAUUUUUCUGAGUUUAUUGCUAUAAUAUUGUAAAUGGUUGCAGUUAUAACAUGUCUGGGGGAUACGGUUGUUUAUGUUACAUUACUAUUAGUUUAUAUUCUGGAAUCAUGAAUGACUGAGGCAAUUUAUCUUUCUAUACUUUUCUGAUUUCAAUAAAAUGGAAAAAAAUGGAAUCGGUACCUUCUUUGUGGAAUAGAUAUUUUCAGGGGAAUAGGUACAUUACGUUUGUACACACAUUGUACUAUUUCGAUUUGCUUAGUCAAAUAUUUGAAGAACUUAAACUUGGGUGGUGUGGAUUUGAAAGAAAAGGCACAUACAAAAAUAUACCUUAUAUGUCUCUGCUACUGGCUGUAUUUUUAGAGAGCCCCUUCAUCCAUGUGAUCAUGAGGGUGGCACAAAACUGACAAGGACCUUUUUUAAUAAUAAAAUAACCAAAACAACUGA